AUGAUCUCAGUCUAUACAUACAUAUGCCUUAGCUUUCUUUCGCUGAUAUUGUUUUUUCUGGACUAUGCCUAUGCGUACCGUGAGUAUUUUACAACAGUAGUAGAGUUGACCAAUUCACCCGCAUUUCGUCUUGUUUGCGUCAAUGGCUUUGUUGCCUCAACGAUUCUACUCUGGCGUGUUAGCCGCAAAGUAUUCUUUGGCACAUUAAACCCUGAAGAGAAUGAUAUGGUAAACCGCAAACUUCCCUUUUAUGUGAUGGAGUGUCUCGUGGUGCCUUUUUACUUUGAGAGCACUAUCUUCAAUCGAGUGGGUGUGAUCUCAUUGUUAACGGUGGUUUUUGGCAUGCUGCACCGGGUUGCCCAGGAGCGGGUGACGACACUGCACAUCACGGAGGUCCCUGCAGUGCGAAAACGCAUGUUGUGGGGAUUGGCGCUUUUUUUUCUUGUCGCCAUGCCGCUUGAUGUGUAUGUGGUGUUUGAUCUUCUUGUGAAUACCAGUUGGCAGUAUGAGAGACAAGUGGGUCUAUACUACACCAUUGCCCUUUUGUACACCCAAUUCGCUAUUUCCAGCGUUAGAAUAGUUGUGCGAAUUCUCUUCUCAGAAGUGAUAGGUGUGGCCAAUCACAGUGGACUCGCGUUUUACGUGGAGUCAUUUUUCUCUAUUUCUAAAAGUAUUGUUAUUUUCGCCACCUUCGCGUAUGUAUCUACAGUAGCACAGGUACCUAUCCCACUUGUGCGGUUGUUGGUUCACCAUGUUAUUAGUUUCUGCGAUAAGAUCCGUCGACUCAUACGUUACUGGUCCCUCAUGCGGCUUCUUCACUCCAUACGGAAUGCCACAGAAGAAGAUAUUGCCCGUGACCCACGCUGCUCCAUUUGUCAUGAUGAUAUGACGCCCACGCAGGAUUGCAAAUGUCUCCCGUGUAUGCAUUGUUAUCAUCAGUCUUGUCUGCGGCCCUGGUUUGAGAAGAUGUCUACAUGUCCAUGCUGCCGAACAGACUUGUUGCGUACAUCCACAAAUACAACAAGAACGGCGAAUACACCAGCAACUCCUCAACCACGCGAGGGACAUGCUGGAGCAAACCCACAAGUUUUUACUGCACAAGAGCAGUGGCAUCCACCGAAUGAAGAGGAAAUGCGUCGAUCAUAUGAACAGUAUCGCGAGGCUUUUGGAGUUGGGCGACAGCGUCGGGAAGUUCGUACAACUUCUGCUGAACCACUAUCACAACAACAACAACAACAACAACCGCGUGUUCACAUAGUAGGAGUAGGCACACACCGGACUUAUGUAGUGAGCCGAGAAGAAGCCGCAGCACUUGGGGCUGCUGCCGCUGCCGCUGCUGCUAGAGUCGCGCUUCCUCCAUCUGCGAGAGGACUUGUGGAAGGAAGAAAUCUUGGAAUAGCAACAACAGCAACAACAACAACAUGUACUGAUGAGAGUCGAACUCUGCAGCAGCCAGGAUCACGGGAUCUCCAACGUUUAGAAGCUUACAAAGCAUAUGAGGAGGCUGUGAGAGCCGCAACAGAUUUACUACACCAGCGAUUACAAGCGAUUGAUAUUGCUACGAAUGAAAAUAAUGCUGCAACUUAA